AUUCCGGAAGGUCAUAACAACAUAAGCGACACGUGAGCAAUCCAAACACCACGAAAAAUGCAACUUUGCAGUGUAUGUACCGAGGAAACGCCUAAAUACAGAUGUCCAGCCUGCAAGAUAAGACAUUGUUCACUAAUUUGUUACAAGAAGCAUAAAGGUACUUGCCUUCCUGUUCAGUCACCUCCUGCAUCCAAAGUUCCUGAAAACACGACCACUAUCUACACAGACCCAUGGACAGUUGAUGAUCUUUUACAUGAAGAUGACAUAAUUGACAAAGUAUCUAUGGAUAGACUACAAUUGCUGGGUCAGUCCAAAGAGUUGCAGGAACUGCUGUGUAACCCUCACUUGAGACAGCUGUUGUGCUCCAUCGACAAUGCUGAGAGCAAAGACCAUGCAAUGAAAGCUGCUAUGCAGGAGCCUCUGUUUGUUGAAUUCUCUGAUUGUUGCUUGAAAAUUGUAGAUCAAGAUGACAACUUCAAUGAUGAGUAAAUAUGGUAAAAACUAGGAAACUUUGUUUUGUUUUAUACUCUCAACAGCCAUGCAGUACUUUACUGGAAAUUUUGUCAAUUAUAUGUAAUGCCAUGAAAAUAUAAAUACACUCUGAACAAUUACC